UCCUGGCAGCACACGCCAAUCACAGAAAGCUCCACCUCCUGGUUGGACGCGCCAGUACUACUCGUGACAUAAUGGCCACGCCCACUUUACGCAGUACUUCCUGUUAUGAAGAUCGUGCAGACACCGGUUCUGACUGAACUGUUCCAGAAUCUAGUUGCCGAAGAGACCAAAACCAUCUGAAGACAAGAAAAAACAUGUCAACCCAAGCAAACCGAGUGAUGGCUUUGUCUGAAUGGGAUGACAGGUGGCAGGAGGGAAGAACUGGUUUUCACAAACCUCAAGUGCACGAAUUGCUGAAAAACAACUUGGACAAAGUUGUAGGUGGACGAAAGGGUAUUCGAUUCUUCUUUCCACUAUGUGGUAAAGCUGUGGACAUGAAAUGGCUGGCAGACAUGGGUCACACAGUGGUUGGAGUUGAAUUUGCAGUAAAAGGAAUUAAACAGUUUUUUGAAGAGCAGAACCUUACAUACAGUGAAGAGCUGGUACCAGAAAUUCCUGGAGCGAAGGUUUUCAAGAGUACGGAUGCAAAAAUCUCCAUCUAUCAGUGUGAUUUAUACAAGUUCUCCAGUGCAAUUGCAGGAAAGUUUGGAGGGAUAUGGGAUAGAGGAGCACUGGUUGCCAUUAACCCAUGUGACAGGCAAAAGUAUGCUAGUCUCCUUAUUUCCUUAAUGGAGAGUGACUGUAAAUAUCUUCUGGAUACGUUGGAAUAUAAUCCUGAGUUGUAUAAAGGUCCACCAUUUUUGGUAACAGAAGGGGAUGUGAAAGAUUUAUUUGGUGUGGCCUGUGACAUUGAAUUGCUUCAGACUGUAGAUGGCUUUGAGGAAAGACACAGAUCAUGGGGAAUCGAUUCAUUGACUGAGAAACUGUACUUUCUCACUCCAAAGACACAAUGAUUACUAAUCACAAUGACACCUUAUAUUGGUUCACUUUUAUCAAAAUUGUUGAAUGAAUAAAUAUCCUUUACAAUA